AUGUCCUACAGACGAGAGCUGGAGAAAUAUCGAGACCUGGAUGAGGAUGAAAUCCUGGGAGCCCUCACAGAGGAGGAGCUCAGGACGUUGGAAAGUGAGCUGGAUGAGCUAGACCCUGAUAACGCAUUGCUCCCUGCAGGCCUGAGGCAGAAGGAUCAGACCACCAAGGCACCCACAGGCCCCUUUAAAAGAGAGGAGCUUUUGGACCACUUGGAAAAGCAAGCGAAGGAAUUUAAGGACCGAGAAGACCUGGUUCCCUACACAGGGGAGAAACGAGGAAAGAUCUGGGUUCCCAAGCAGAAGCCGAUGGAUCCCGUGCUGGAGAGCGUGACACUGGAGCCAGAACUGGAGGAGGCCCUAGCAAAUGCCUCGGAUGCGGAACUGUGUGACAUAGCAGCUAUCCUGGGCAUGCACACACUCAUGAGCAACCAGCAGUACUACCAAGCCUUGGGCAGCAGCUCCAUCGUGAACAAGGAGGGCCUCAACAGUGUGAUCAAACCCACACAAUACAAGCCUGUGCCUGAUGAAGAACCGAAUUCAACAGAUGUAGAGGAAACGCUGGAGCGGAUAAAGAACAAUGACCCAGAACUUGAAGAGGUUAAUCUUAACAACAUCCGGAAUAUUCCCAUACCCACGCUCAAGGCAUAUGCGGAAGCCCUGAAAGAGAACUCCUACGUGAAGAAGUUCAGCAUCGUGGGGACCCGCAGCAAUGACCCUGUGGCGUUUGCCCUUGCUGAAAUGCUGAAGGUGAACAAGGUGUUGAAGACACUGAAUGUGGAGUCGAACUUCAUCUCUGGAGCUGGGAUCCUGCGCCUGGUGGAAGCUCUCCCCCACAACACUUCUCUGGUCGAACUGAAAAUCGAUAACCAGAGCCAGCCUUUGGGCAACAAAGUGGAAAUGGAGAUUGUGAACAUGUUGGAGAAAAACACAACACUCCUCAAAUUUGGCUACCACUUUACCCAGCAGGGGCCACGGCUGCGGGCAUCCAAUGCCAUGAUGAACAACAACGACCUUGUGAGGAAGAGGAGGCUGGCAGACCUGACGGGGCCCAUUAUUCCCAAGUGCCGAAGCGGUGUCUAGUGUGCAAAGGGAAGCCCACGCC